GCGUCAUUUCCGUUGUCAGGUGGCGCUGUCGCUGUGGAAAGAUGCGAUCAGCGAAGAGCGGAGGCUUUUCCUUAAUUGCUCAUUUCGGUAACAGAGGCUAAAACAACCCGAGAAACCAGCCCGCUGUGGUCUCCCCAGUCGAAGGGACAAGCUCCGCGUCUCCACCACAGCUUGUAUUGAAGAAAUGUCCAUGUUAUAAGCGAACAACGCAGACUUUACCCGGCGGUUUUGGCUCGAGAGCUCCAGUAUGUCAAAGCGGCGCUCGUCAGAGAGGGGGGCUGGAGAGACAUCAGGCAGGGCCAGCAAGCUGCAAUGUCCAGGGAUAUCUGGCAACAACGCCAAGAGAGCGGGGCCCUUCAUCCUCGGGCCUCGUCUGGGCAACUCACCAGUGCCCAGCAUAGUGCAGUGUCUGGCCAGAAAGGACGGCACUGAUGACUUCUAUCAACUCAAAAUCCUGACGCUGGAGGAGCGGGUGGACUCUGCAGGGGAGACUCAGGAGGAAAGGCAGGGGAAGAUGCUGCUGCACACGGAGUACUCCCUCCUUUCUCUGCUGCACAACCAGGACGGCGUGGUCCACCACCACGGCCUAUUCCAGGAUCGAGCCUACGAAAUAGUGGAGGACAUAGAGGCCAACAAAAUGCGCAAGAUGAAGAAGCGGAUCUGCCUCGUGCUGGACUGCCUGUGUGCUCACGACUUUAGCGACAAGACGACGGAUCUAAUAAACCUCCAGCAUUACGUCAUAAAGGAAAAGAGGCUAAGCGAGCGCGAGGCCAUCGUCAUCUUCUACGACGUGGUGCGUGUGGUGGAGGCCCUUCAUAAGAAAAACAUCGUACACAGAGACCUCAAACUGGGAAACAUGGUGCUGAACAAACGAACUCACAGAAUCACCAUCACCAACUUCUGCCUGGGAAAGCACCUGGUGAGCGAGGACGACCUGCUUAAAGACCAGAGAGGAAGUCCUGCCUACAUCAGCCCUGAUGUAUUAAGUGGCCGGCCGUAUCGUGGUAAACCCAGCGAUAUGUGGGCUCUUGGUGUGGUCCUGUUCACCAUGCUGUAUGGCCAGUUCCCCUUUUAUGACAGCAUACCUCAAGAGCUCUUCCGGAAGAUCAAGGCUGCAGAGUACUCCAUCCCAGAGGAUGGUCGUGUAUCUGAGAAUACAGUGUGCCUGAUUCGAAAGCUGCUGGUGCUGGACCCUCAGCAAAGGCUCACAGCAGGAGAAGUGCUGGAGUCUCUCAGUGCCAUCAUUGCAUCAUGGCAGUCUGUUUCAUCGUUGAGUGGCCCUCUGCAGGUGGUGCCCGAUAUUGAUGAUCAGGUCAAUCACCCAGAACAUCUGCAAGAGGCUAAGGUGAUAGAGGAGUCUUCACAGUACGAGUUUGAGAACUACAUGCGCCAGCAGCUGCUGUUGGCUGAGGAGAAGAACACUAUCCAUGAGGCCAAGAGCUUUCACACCAAGCGCCAGUUUGGCAGCUUCCCACCUGUAAGGCGUCUGGGUCACGAUGCCCAGCCUGUCAGCCCGCUAGAUGCUGCCAUCUUGGCACAGCGUUUCCUCCGGAAGUAGUCCACAUCCACCCAUCUCAGCCUCUCUGACCUCCCCAGGGGGAAUCAUGGUGGAGUCCAGAGAGGACUGAGGAGGAUCAGCCCCUCAACUGAACUCGUAUACAGGAGGUCGAGCCUGAAACAAGGGUACAGAUGGCUCCAUUUGUUGGUGGGGCUUUGGGUGAGCGAGGUUUAGCCUGCACGAGGAGGCAGCAGAAUGAAUUGUUGAUUCAGAACUUCACUCCUCAUGGCCAGAUCUUCCCAUGGAACAUGGAAAGUUUUGGAUGACGAUCUGAACCAAAGGUUCCUCGCCCUCAGUCAGAUCUCACUGUGCAACCAGCCCGAUGGCUCAGUCCCACAUGGGGCUAACACAAGGUCACGCCCGGAUUGUUGAAGAGACGAUUAACCCCAUACUUCUCCUUAUUUUGGAUAACCCUGCUGUAACACUUCCCCCCUCAAACUCUGGAUCCCCCGAGCAAUACAGGACCAGAAUCAUGUAGCAACCCCUCUUCUUCCCAGUGUUCAUGGUAUUGCCUCAAGUCAGAUCACCUGAUCACAGAUGUCACUUCUCUAUACCUCCAUAUCCGCCCUCCUCCUCUUCCUCUUUAUUAUUCCCCUGUAUCAACAAUGAUCCAGACUGGUCCUGUCUGUAUCUCUGACUUCAAAUCAAUCUACCUCUCUGUCUCUCUUCUCUGUUGGUAAACCAUGCUCACUGUUCUGAGACAAGGGAUUGUAACAAUGGAGUCUUGAUGCCACCAGUGACAUAAAGCAUUAAUGUUUUCUGUCAGAGUGAUAAUGCUUUGAAACCUUUUUUAGUGGUUUCAAAGAAAUCUGAAUAAGCUUUUUAUCAUAAUUACCUUAAUAAGUAGCAUGUUAUCCCUACCUUAGGAUUGAAGAUUCUUAAAUAUCAAAGUGUGCGUCCAAGCAUCCUUUGAUAUUUGCAGAAUGCAUCGUCUCCUGCUUUCGCUCAUCCCUGUGGAAACUAUUUUUAGCAUCUAGGCAGCUAGUGUGAGGUACCUGGAAGUCACAAUGCCAAGAACUGAAUGGGAGACACUGUUGGAUCCUCCCUGCCAAGGCAUAUUUGAUGGUAACACUUCCUCAGUGCCAUUAUAGUGAAGAUCCGGCACUGUUGUGUUUCUAUUGCCAAAAAUAAUGUCUUAAAUUUACUCUUAGCCAAGGAAACUGGUACCCACAGCCUCAUUCAGAAUCAAAUGGCUUCCAGGUAUUCCAACUUCCCUGUUUCUCUUUAUCAACACAGACCAUGGGACAAGUGUUAUUCAGUAUGAAUGUGAACGUCAUUCUACACUUUGAUUUGUCUGCAGUAUCCAUGAGUGUGUGUGUAUGUGCGUUGUUGGUUUUUUUUCUCGGGCCAGGCAAACAUAAGAGUCUGCUGAGCUGUCGAGCUGUUGACCUCUGACAGUCCCAGACCCUUUAAGCUAUCCUCCAAUCAUUGUGUUCUGUUAUUUGGCCCGCCUCAGUGCAGACACUGUGAAAAACCUGAACUGGCUUUGCUAAGACAGGGCUUGACUGAAUGUUUUAGCGAUUUUCAUGAAUGCUUUUAUAGAGUCAAAAAAAUAACACAUAUCUAUUGCCGUUCUCAAGCCCAUCUCUAGCUCAGCUUUGUACAUGCUUGUGUUAUCUCACCAUGUGGGCUCUUUACACGUAGAGGCUAACUGGUGGCUGGUAAUCUGUAAUACUGUAAUGAUUCAUAGACGAAUGAAAACACGGACUCAAAAAUUUUCAGUUUAAUUGCUUGGUCUUUAAGGCUAAGGAUGCAUUCUCUCUUUUACUCUAAGGGUUUCUUUAAACCAUGGCAGAGCUACUAACCAGUGACUGUUAGGCAUCUGUACACUGCUACCUGCCUUUGCUUAUUGGUACCUGCUUUAGGCUGACUAGACUUCUUCCUAUUUAAAACUGAUUGCAUGAACAUAGGCUCUGUAAUUUUUUUCAGAUGUCUCUAUUUUUUUCUCUUGUAAUUUCAUGUUGAUUUAUUUAUUCACUCGUGUAGCUCCCCCCAAAACACCCCAACACCCCCAAACCACUGGGGCUUGAAUCGCAGACAUCGAGGACAAGAAGUUUCCUUUAUUUGGAAAUGUAUGCUGAACUUGCGUCAGCGAAACGGGCCCCAAAAUCUCCGCUCUCUCAGCUUUAAGACAUGUCGUCACCUCCGAUAGUGGUUCUCAUUUUGUCCUUUUACUGCCACAUCCUUGAAGAGUAGCAUCUCUUUUUUUUGUGUUUUCUUUAUUUUUGGGUUCUUUGAUCGUUUUCUUGCCAUUUCGCCACAAACUCUGUGGUCAACUUAAGCUACACUAAUAAACAAGACUGACUUUUGCAUAGUUAUAUUUUUUACACAAACAAAAUUAUACGCAUACAUUAUUGAUUAUUGAUUUCCAGGAGGGGGAGUGUUUUGUAGUGUAUUUUGGUUUCCUCUCAUUAAACCCCCAAAACUCCCGGCACAAGGCUGUACUCUCUGGUCAGUAUGUAAAUAUGUACCAUCAUGACUGCACCAGUUGUAUUGUAUGUAGUUCCACCCACUUAAAUACCAACUCUGUUUCAACACAUACUGAUUGACGUGCAUUAUGGGCCACGUUGGCCAUCCACCACCACAUCCAGAGGCUAAAAUAUUACGUAAGGAAAGCUGUGAGCUUUCUCCCACCUCAAUGUGAAUUCCAUGGGUAAACAGCAGUAUUGUAGUAGUCUAGAUUGUUCUUCUGAAGAGGGUGUUUAAUGAACACCACAGCCAUCACUGGGUGCUGGCGUCAGGUGAUCGUCUUAGGCCAUCUUCCACGACACUAAACUUCAGAUUAGUGACUACAGGUUCAGUGGAUUCUUGAUGUAAAUGUUAUUUUUUUGUCCCUCUUCUCAAAAAGUGUUUCACCUUUUAGCUAGUGGAUUGUACCACAUUCGAUGUUUGUUUUACACAGUUGUUUUGGUAGACUGCAAUGUGGACUGAAAAGCAUGGAAGUAGUGUGAGGUUAAACUCUGUGUAAAACACGUGACUGUUGCAUGAUUUAAACUUGCAAGGUGCGCCAACUGAUAGAAAAUUUGAAGAUGAUUUAUUCCUUUGGGUCCAACAGAGAAACUAGAAACAUCAUGUGAUGGAAUAAGUAGUACAAUUUUAUUAAUUUUCCAAUUUUCAGUUUGAUAAUUUCCCCAGCUUCUAAGUCCUAAGUCUUCAGUAUAUAACAAAUAUAUUGCAGACUGUUUCAACUGGAAACUUGGAGUAGGAUGUGAUGUGGUGCGGUUAAACCCAAUGGGAUAAUGUGUUGUACGCUGCUUGGUCGACAUGGGUAUCUAGAUACAGAAAACUGCGUAAUUGUACAGAUGAGAAACACGUUUGUAUAAAAAACAUAUUUUUCUACUUCAUCAGAUCUCUACAUGCAUGUCAGCAAUAAACUUUGAUAUGGAAACAUU